CUUCUCAACUCUCAGGCUCUCAGCAAAGCAUCACUGAGAGCGAAGAAGAACAACGCCAUGGAUCUCCUCCUCGUCGAGAAGGCCCUCUUGGCCCUCUUCGCCGCCGUAAUCCUCGCCAUCGUCGUCUCCAAGCUCCGGGGCAAGCGUUUCAAGCUCCCACCUGGCCCUCUUCCUGUCCCGAUCUUUGGCAACUGGCUUCAGGUCGGCGAUGAUCUCAACCACCGGAAUCUCAGCGCUCUGGCUCGACGUUUCGGUGAUAUCCUUCUCCUCCGCAUGGGCCAGCGUAAUCUCGUCGUCGUCUCCUCCCCCGAUCACGCCCGGGAAGUUCUCCACACUCAGGGCGUCGAGUUCGGCUCCCGCACCCGCAACGUCGUCUUCGAUAUCUUCACCGGCGAGGGCCAGGACAUGGUCUUCACCGUCUACGGCGAUCACUGGCGCAAGAUGCGCCGGAUCAUGACCGUCCCCUUCUUCACCAACAAGGUCGUCCAGCAAUACCGAUCCGGUUGGGAAUUCGAAGCUCAGGCCGUCGUCGACGAUGUGAAGGCAAACCCUAAAGCCGCCACCGAUGGCAUCAUCCUCCGUCGCCGUCUCCAGCUCAUGAUGUACAACAACAUGUAUCGAAUCAUGUUCGAUCGCCGCUUCGACAGCGAAGACGAUCCUCUCUUCCAACGCCUCAAAGCUCUCAACGGCGAGCGCAGCCGUCUCGCUCAAAGCUUCGAGUAUAACUAUGGUGAUUUCAUCCCUAUUCUUCGCCCUUUCCUCCGUGGUUAUCUCAAGAUCUGUAAGGAAGUCAAGCAGAGAAGGCUUCAACUCUUCAAAGAUUACUUCUUGGAUGAGAGGAAGAAGCUGGCGAGCACGAAGCCGGCCGAUAACCAUGGGCUCAAGUGCGCCAUUGAUCACAUCUUGGACGCCGAGAAGAAGGGCGAGAUCAAUGAGGACAACGUGCUCUACAUCGUCGAGAACAUCAACGUUGCUGCCAUUGAAACAACACUAUGGUCAAUAGAAUGGGGCAUUGCUGAGCUAGUGAACCAUCCAGAGAUCCAGCACAAGCUCCGCAAUGAGCUCGACGCCGUCCUCGGCCCCAAUCCGAUCACCGAAUCCGACACUCAAAAGCUUCCCUACCUUCAAGCUGUCAUCAAAGAAACUCUCCGUUUUCGCAUGGCCAUUCCCCUCCUCGUCCCCCACAUGAACCUCCACGACGCCAAGCUCGGCGGCUUUGACAUCCCCGCCGAGAGCAAGAUCCUUGUUAAUGCUUGGUGGCUCGCAAACAACCCUGCCCAUUGGAAAAAGCCGGAAGAGUUCCGGCCGGAAAGGUUCCUUGAAGAAGAUGCAAAUGUUGAAGCUAAUGGCAAUGACUUCCGUUACCUUCCUUUCGGUGUUGGCCGGCGAAGCUGCCCCGGUAUCAUUCUUGCACUUCCUAUCCUUAGCAUUACUAUUGGUCGUCUUGUUCAGAACUUUGAGCUCUUGCCUCCUCCCGGCGAGAAGAAGAUUGAUACCUCUGAGAAAGGUGGUCAGUUUAGCUUGCACAUUCUUAAGCAUUCUACUAUUGUGUGCAAGCCUAGAGCGUUUUGAAUUCAAUCCAUUGCAAUGCAGUCUCAUGCUCUAAUAUGUUUGUAAAUUCAUGGCCAAUUCAUAUAAUUAUGGGUGCGCCGGCUAUGAUGUUGUUGUGCUACUCAUUUGUCUUACAAAACUUGCUUUAAGAUAAUAAAUAUUUGUUUUUCUCCA